UAAGGGCCCAUUUGGCCAGGUGGAUUGGAAGGGAUUGAAUGGUAUUAGGAUGGAUGGCAUGGAUUUCUAGGUAAUGAUGGUGUUGUCAGUGGAUUGUCUUGAGCUCCAUGGGAUUGCUAUAUCCAGUCUAUUUGGCAUGCCUGGCCAAUCUGGGGAUUAAACCUUCCCAUCCCUUCCAAUCCCACGAACCGAACAUGUCCCAGACAAAUUUGAACGGAUUAGGGUGGAUUGGAUGGGCUUUAAAGGUAAUGAUGGUGUUGUCAGUGGAUUGUCUUAAGAUCCAUGGGAUUGGGAUCAGAUUACCGACUCUGUUUGGCAUGCCCGGCCAAUCCCAGGAUUUAACUUCCAAUCCCUUCCAAUACCAUCCAAUCCCUUCCAAUUCGACCGGCCAAAUGGGCCCUAAGGUUUUGGAUGCUUCUUGUACAUGCCUGACUAGCAACGAAAUCCACUUCAAGAAUAUCAGGCCUUGAUUGUUUAUAAAAGUUCAAGUCUUCAACAAAUAGAGGGCUUGGUUCUGCAGCACUCUACAGCUCCAAGCAGUAUAAUCUCAUUGCUGUGCCACUUACCGAAUCAGCU